GUUUUGAUAGACGAUAAAAAAAAAAAAAAAAGUAUCACUAAUAAUAAUAUAAUUAUUUGAGAGGUCCACUUAAACUAAAAUUGUCCCCACCAUCUCCACAAGAAUUUGAACAAGGAAGACUUCCCUCCCUCAUGUCUUUGCCUCCACACAAGAAACCACGCACGCAAGAAAGGAAAAAGGUGAGAAAUUUUUUGAAACGUAUUCAAAUCUCUCAUGGCAAUGGCUUCCAAUGCUCUUCAUCACCCUCUUCACCAAUCUAUAUCUCUGAAAUAUCCUCAUCUUUCUCAUAAUUCACGAUUCUCUCCCUCUCGUCUUCGUUUCACCUCCCUCCGGUUUCCCUCUACAAUUCGCGCCACUUCAGCUGUCGCUCUUGAACCGGAGUUAAGCACACAGAAGAAUCAAGCAAUAUUUGCUUGUCCAGUAUGUUAUGAACCUCUAAUAAGAAAAGGUCCUCCAGGUUUUAACUUGCCUGCAAUAUAUCGGUCCAGUUUCAAGUGUAAAAAAUGCACCAAAACAUAUUCUAGCAAAGACAACUAUCUGGAUCUUACAAUUACUGCUGGAAUGAAGGAUUACACUGAAAUCAAUCCAGUUAGGACCGAGCUAUUCCGGAGUCCACUUGUUUCAUUCUUGUAUGAACGAGGUUGGCGCCAAAGCUUUAAUCAAAGUGGAUUUCCUGGUCCUGAUGAAGAGUUUGAAAUGGCUCAGGAGUACUUCAAACCUGCCGGAGGGGGUCUUCUAGUAGAUGUAAGCUGUGGCAGUGGCCUGUUUUCUAGAAAAUUUGCCAAAUCUGGAGCAUAUUCAAAAGUUAUUGCACUUGAUUUCUCUGAAAACAUGCUUCGUCAGUGCUAUGAUUACAUCAAGCAAGACGAUACUAUCUCAACAACAAAUCUUGGUCUUGUCAGGGCCGAUGUUUCAAGACUUCCAUUUGCAUCGGGUUCAGUUGAUGCUGUUCAUGCUGGUGCUGCCAUGCAUUGCUGGCCAUCUCCUUCCAAUGCUGUUGCUGAAAUUUGUCGUGUAUUGCGAAGUGGUGGAGUUUUUGUCGGAACCACUUUUCUUCGAUAUAGCUCAACCACUCCCCGGAUAGAACGACCUUUCCGAGAGAGGAUUUCGCGGAACUAUAACUUCUUCACAGAGGAGGAAAUUGAAGACUUGUGCUCAACAUGUGGUCUUACGAACUACUCAAAGAAAGUUCAGCAAACGUUCAUAAUGUUCUCUGCUGAGAAGCCAUGAAGCAAGGUUUAGUUCAUUUAGACACAAUUCUCCCUGGACUUGACAUUGACAUAUCCGUUGCUGGUUUGGUAUAUAAGAUAUUCCAAUUGUAUAGAAAUUUUAAAUAAACAAGACCUAAAAGGUGAUAACCUGGGGAGUUGCAAAGUGCCAGUGUUAAUAAAAAGAAGUCCAUAUUAAAUGUCUGGUUUAUAUAUAUAAUGAUUCAACCCCUACUUUGAACUUCAGCAGUGUCACUAAUCCCAGGGGGCUAGCCUUUCUAUUUGUAGAUUUUGCUGGGAGUGAUCUGAAAGCAAUGCUUCUGGGAUAGUCCACAAGCAUACACUACUAGCACCGAGUCUGUAGAAUGCGCUAAUAAAUUCUUAGCUUUCAGCUUUAUCUGAUGAUUAGAUAAAAUUCAUACUUGUUUUUGUCAUGAAGUCUGUUUAAUCUGUCCAAACUUCUUGCUGGGAUUGGACUUGUCUAGGUGCUCUGUGAACAAUAUGCUAGACAUUUCAUGUCAACUGUUAUGCAUCAGUAUCGUCCUGCAUCACAAAUCUUGUGACUCAAACGGACUCAUGGUUUUGGACUGAUAUCUGUGACCUAUAAUCUAUACAGACAGGGCUCAUGAACCCGCAUGAUGUGAGUUUAUUAAAUGAUAAGUCAGGAUCUGGUGGCGAGGCUUUGCACAUGACGAGUCCUCGAGGAUUUGGGCAAAGCAAAUAUAAUAGCCCCCGGGGAUGUGGCUGAGCCAAUAAAGAAACCCUUUGUAGCAGGGCAAAGUGUGUCUCUGAAGUAUCAAAUAUGGGCAGAGAGAGCCCCUCGUGCGGCUCACAAGCUGACCAGCUUUCUGUAUGUUCUUCUACAGUUCUACUACACUGUUUGCCCUAAAGGAACCCAUCAUUACAAACCCUGUUCACGUCUGGAUCCUUGACCUUUGACCAUCCAACAAGAUGCACAGCUGGACAAGAAAAAUAAGAGAGGAAUAUUUGAUCAGUCCAAGAACAAGGAGACCUCUUAGGGUUUAAUUUGGUUUAUUUUUCAAAGUGAGGACAUUGGAUCCCUUGCACGUGACCUUCUUUCCUCCUGCAAUCCCAUUUUGCUUUCCAUGGCACGUGGGGUCGGUCACCCUUUACCUUUCUUUUAUUUUUUUUAUAAUUUUUUCUGCAAAUUCUUAUUUGUCUUCGUUUUUUUCUUUAGAAUAAUGUUAAUCCAAUCGGAAAAGCUCACUCAGCAAUGGAUGGGAUUUUUUCCA